GAGAGAGAGAGCGAGAGAGGGAGGCAAACACUCUCGCUCACUUUGCUUUCGCUUCCUUUUUUUUUUUCUUUUUUUUUCCCCUCUGUUUCUUUGUCUAGGGUUUUUGCAUUUUCUCGUCAACCAAACACCCCCUCAAACAAUGUCUAACAACGAUAACAACUUCAAUAUGCCCGACCUCGGCUCUUCGCUCCCCGCCGCUGCUGCCGCUCUUAGUGCAGAGGAUCGUGCUGGUCUUGUGAAUGCUUUGAAGAAUAAACUUCAGACCUUGGCUGGACAGCACUCGGAUGUAUUGGAAAAUUUAACUCCCAAUGUCAGAAAGCGUGUUGAGGUUCUUAGAGAAAUACAGACCGAACAUGAUGAUUUGGAGGCUAAAUUUUUCGAGGAGAGAGCUGCAUUGGAAGCAAAAUACCAGAAGCUUUAUGAACCUCUUUAUACAAAGAGAUUUGAGAUUGUCAACGGUGUGGUUGAAGUUGAUGGGGUUACAAAUGAAACGACAGUGAACCAAGAAGAAGAUAAAGCUUCUGAAGAGAAAGGAGUGCCUGACUUUUGGCUUACUGCAAUGAAGACUAAUGAUGUACUGGCUGAAGAGAUAACAGAGCGUGAUGAGGGAGCUCUCAAGUAUCUCAAAGAUAUCAAAUGGUGUAGAAUUGACAGUCCCAAAGGAUUCAAGCUGGAGUUCUUUUUUGAUCCUAAUCCUUACUUCAAAAAUUCUGUCCUCACAAAAACAUAUCAUAUGAUUGAUGAUGAUGAGCCUAUUUUGGAGAAGGCUAUUGGGACUGAGAUUGAAUGGUAUCCUGGAAAAAUCUUGACUCAGAAACUCUUGAAGAAGAAGCCGCGAAAGGGAUCAAAAAAUGUGAAACCCAUCACUAAAACUGAAGAUUGUGAUAGCUUCUUCAACUUCUUUAACCCCCCUCAGGUUCCCGAGGAUGAUGACGAUAUUGAUGAAGAUACUGCUGAAGAACUACAGAGUCAAAUGGAACAGGACUAUGACAUUGGUUCAACAAUUCGGGACAAAAUAAUUCCUCAUGCUGUUUCAUGGUUUACGGGGGAGGCUGUUCAUGGGGAUGAAUUCGAAGAUUUAGAAGAAGAUAAUGAGGAUGGUGAUGAGAAUGAGGAUGAAGAUGAGGAUGAAGAUGAGGAUGACGAGGAUGAUGAUGAAGAUGAAGAAGAGGAGGAAAAGGUCAGGAAGAAGUCAUCCGCUGGACGCAAGAAAAGUGGCAGAGCAAGAGUUGGGGAAGUUCAGCAAGUUGAGCGCCCUCCUGACUGCAAGCAACAGUAGCAUCGGAUAGUAAACACCCUAGGAGAGGGGCUAGCGAUUGUAAAGUUGUCAUUUCGGUUGUGGAAAGUUUUUGGUCUUUGUAUUCAGCCUUUGUUAUUAUGAGUGGUAAAAUCAUUGCAGCAAAUUAUCUCAGCAUGAUCCAUAAUUUUUUCUUUCUCCUUUUUUUACCUUGAAGGAGCCAUGUAGUUUGCUGGGGUAUAUUGGGUUGCGGAGUGCUGAAUUUUCCUGUGAAACUGUGUACUUAGGUUUCUCUUAAUGAAAACUUAUCAUAUGUGGCGAA